CGCUGCCCAGCAGCGAGCCAUCCCAUCUGCACACGCGGCACGCGCUCGGCGCGUUGAUGACCGAGCAGCCAUGCCAGACGAGAAGAAGGCCAAGAAGCCAGCGAGCCCCAAGCCCACGAGCCCCAAGGCCCUCGACGGCAAGAGGCGCCGGGAGUCCAUGGACUCCGAGGCCAAGGCCGUGAAGGCGGUGUUGAAGCGCGGGGGCUCCAUGCAGAGUCUGAUCUCCUUGGGCUCCAAGCGGUCGCAGAAGUCCGGGGGCUCCGACAAAGGCGGCUCCAGGCUAGCGAGUUCGGCCCAAGUGGGUGCAGGCUGCAUCGCCUGCAUUCUGGCGUCCUGGGUUGGCGCUGUGUCGGUGCUACUGAUGAUCGUCGCCCUGCGUUAUACCGGCACAGUAGUGGAUGUGGCCCGGGAGCGGUACAUCCUGGCGGCCGCGGAGCGGGUGGGCUCCGAAGCAGCGCAGAUCUUUGGAGCAGCCUACGCAGCGCGGGAUGCCUUGGACUACGCAGUCCAGCGGCAGUACUACUUCGAGCCCUUGGACUACGACUCUUUGAGCCUGGCCCUGGAGCCCGUCUUCGCGGCGCGCCAGCCGCUGCGUGCCGUGGAUAUCGCCUUCGACACCCGCAACGUCUCCAUGACGCUUCGGCGAGUCAUCGGCGAAGGGGUGCGCAAGCCCCUGCUGGUGCAGUCGGACGCAGAGGACUGUUUUGAGAAGUUGGGACGCUUCGGAUGUAUGGACGGCCCGCCGGUGCGAGGGAUGCAGUGGUACCAGAUCGGUGCCGGGCUGCCGGGAGGGCAAGAAGCCGACAACACCAGCAGGUUUAUGGGCCCUCCCCGGGGCUAUGAGUGGGCCCCCGGGCCGGGCUUUGUUCCCGAUGUGGAGGGCGCCCUGGUGGAGUCCGCCACUGCGGUGGCGUGGUCGCCGGCCCACUCGCUGAUCUUCCGGUCUGUCUUCCCCGGCAGCAGCGGGCAGCUCUCCAUCAUCGCGCGGGCAGUGGUGGAGGUCACAGGCCUCGCCUCGGACGACCGCUUGGACGACUCCGAGAACCUGGGCCAGAUCGGGGCAGUCUUCAUAUGCGACGUAGCAGGCACACUGCUGGCAACCCUGAUGCCUGGACAGAAGGCCAUCGUGGACAGCAACGGCGUGGGGCACUUUCGGAUGGCUUGGGAGAUCGGUGGCUGGGCCUCCGCGCUGAGUGUGGAGAGUUUCCAAGAGGCGCGGGCGGAGGGCUUUAUCAGCUUCAAGGCGCCUGGCAACAUCCACGUGGCGAUCCUGGCGGUGCGGGGCAACGAUCAUUUUUUCGUGGUGGUCGCCUCCGAGCGAUCGGCCUACGCGGACGCGCCCAUGGAGCUGAUUUGCAACAUCGCCCAGGGCAUCGUUGUCUCACCGUACCCUGCAGCCAUGCUGGUCCUGGCGUUGUGCUUCGUCCUCCACCAGGUGAACGCGAGGCGGCGGAAGAGACGUGUACAGCCGGAAGAGAGGCUUGCGCACGCCGAGAAGACCUUGGCGAUGCUUCGAUCAAGGACGGGGUCACGUAGCAAGACGCUGGGGUCCAGAUAGUGACGCGGAUCAUCUUCUCCUUUGGGCGGUUCCGUCACCAAGUGACUUGCUCGGCCCGAGUUUUUGGGAUUGCCUUUUGCAGCCGAAGGCUCAAGGGGCCCGAAUUCAGAAAUGCCCGUGUGAGAGGAGGCGUUGCACGCUAGCGAGUUAGAGCUGAGUUUGGAGUCGUGUUCUUAUACUUGCUGGGUGGCUGGUGUUCCUCCGCGACGAUAAACACAACGAGGAAGGCUUUCAUUUGUUUGGGCCGGCUGUUUGGAGGAUUGGCGG